UUGUAAUCACAAUUUUAUUUCCUUGUAAUUGCAAAAUAACAAAAGUUGUUUGUGAUCUCAACUUAAAUAAACAGCCACGUACUGGAUGCGUCAUUAACAGUUUAAAUGUCGUGUUUACAUGUUACUGCAUGAAAAUCAAUAAUGAAAUUGUUGUAAUGCCCUGUUAUAUAACAUUUUGUGAAACAUGCAAACUGGUGUAUGCAGGUAAAUCACUGGCAACAAAUAGCUAGUUCUAUAACAGUAACGUGGAGAGGAAAUGUUUCCUAUAAAUUCUACUCUUAAAUAUAACCCUGGCCUAUCAAUGAAGAAUUGCACCUUUUGAUAUUAACUUAAUUAGCGUUAUUUUGUAUUUAUUUUACAGAUAUACACAUUUAUGGUCUAUUAUUAAAUAAAUAUUUUAUAGGAUGAAAUAAAAACAACAAUAAUUCCCGGAUUUUAAAAGUAAAAUAAUAAAUAAACAUUUAACAAAAGCAACCAUCCUGUCAAACACUGCCAUCGUGUGGCUGAUCUGAUCAUGUGUUUGGGUGGAGCUGCAGAUGAAAAACAUAAAACAGAUGAUCCAACACAAUGCCGUUUCCAUCCCUCGCCUCCCGCAUCAUUCAGCAGCAGCAGCAGCAGCAGAGAUGGCGCAAUUCGCCCCAGCAGCGCUUUCUCCGGCCGUAAGCCUGAGCUCCGAGCCUCCGUCCAGCGCGUUCUCUCCCACGGAAGGUGGAACACAGCGGCUCCUGUUUACGCAUGAUCUGGUCUCCGGAAAACAUCACGGGGCGAUGCGUUUUGGGCUUGUACGGAUGAUUCAUGGAGAGGAGGAUUUUGAAGAUUCGGACUCUGAGAUUGGUGGUGAUGGCGGUGGAGGAGGUGGAGGCGCUCCCGCUAACUCGGAUAACGAGAGUGGUGCUGCGGAAACACGGCCAUGGCCUCUCGGUAGAGGAUUUGUGCGGGUUCAGUGGUAUCCUGAAGGAACGAAACAGGAUGUUCGAGAAACGAAGCUUAAACUUGAAGAUCGAUCUAUUGUGCCUAGAGACUUUGUCCGGCGGAUAAAUUCAAAUGAAAAACAGUGUGGAAUUGUGACUAACAUAAACACAGAAUGUGCAGUGAAACUUGUAGGGACCAACUGUGCUCUAUAUCCUGUAAAUAGCAAAGACCUGCAGCACAUCUGGGUGAGUUUCUUUACCUGCUAUAUUGCUAUAUGUAUGUUCUAUAUGAUUUGCUUUUGAUAUGCUUUUGAUUUUCUAAAAGUACAAUAUAAUAAUAAUAAUAUCACACAAUUCCCC